GCGCACUGCAGCCGUCUUACCCCAUCGGCACGCCGUCUUAUGCUGUCUUAUGUCUGGAUUGCAGGCUGGACUGAGAAAUGCGGCUGGUGGCUGGACGACCCCUCGGACGACUUCUGCUACCUGAUGAUCCGCCAGCCCACCAAGACCUGGCAGGAGGCGCAAGCCGACUGCAAAGGCCGCCAAGGGAACCUGCUCAGCAUCGCCGACUCGGACGAGCAGGGCUUCGUACGCGGUAUCGCCAAGAUUCUGAUGGGUGAUGCCUCCCUGUGGUUGGGCGCCGACGCCUCCAUCAAGCGUGACGGCGACAAGUGGACUGACGGAUCCCCCUUCUCUUACCUCCGCUCGAGUGCAGGUGUCGCUGAAGGGGGGAAAUGUCUUUCCUUGCUCACUGGCAGCGGCGACUGGAAGCGCGACAAGUGCGACGAGAAGAGAGGCUACGUCUGCAAGAAAAGAGGUAAGUGAGA